GUAAUAGCAGUAGAAGUCAGCAAAAAAUAUAAUGAGCUGUGAUGCGAAGAAAUCAGGAAAUGGAGGCGGAGGAUUUAGGUCGAAAAUGGAAUAUUAUUUAUACAGUGGUGAGAAGAAGCAUGUUUUUGCAGGCAUCGCCAUCUUCGGAGUAAUUUUUGGUGUCCCUUGGUAUCUCAUGACUCGCGGGUCAAAGCAACAAUCUCAUCAAGAUUACAUGGAAAAGGCUGAUAAAGCUAGGAGUGCGAGGCUUUCGACUGGUUCGUCUGCAACAAGCUAAGAAAAGUUUAAUCCAUUUUCUACUGCCUUUACUCCAUCCUCGCCGCGCCAUGACUUCUAAUUAUGGCCUGUACCACUGAACUACGAGUCUGAGAAACAAGUUUUUUUUUUUCAUGUCUUUUACUUGCAAAAAUAACAAAAAGGUAUUGCUACAAUGACCUUUCUUAGUAUUGUGAAGCUGAACAUAUCCGCGAAAAAAUUAGAAUAGUUUUACUUUACAUAUC